UCUUUGUUCCUUGCGCCGCAAGCCACCAUGAACCGACCUCUGGAGUUGAGCAUCGAGAAGGAGAACGAAGACGACGAUGAUUACCCGACGAGGAACCCUAUCCGCAUCGUUCGUCUAGGCGACCGCAUCAUCGAGGUCUCCAUUCUCAACGACGAGGGGAACUUCGCCGUCAAGCGCUGGUUCCAGGAACGCGACCGAGAGAAGCGAAGGAGCCCACUCGUUGCCGGCCUCUCCUUCUUCCACGGUUCCCCUGAACGCUGCAGCUGGUACAAAUCCUCCCCCUAUUCCUCCUCCAAAGUCAUCGCCGGCAUCGCUCUUUGCCUUGGAGGAUCUCACUGUCUCUUCAUUGACAACUCCUCUUCUUACGAUCGGGUUACCACUGCCCGUGCUCUCCGUGACUUCCUCGCCGAACGCCGCGUGACCAUCGUUGGGGUUGGGUUCAAGAAGGCAGUCGAGUCGUUUGAGAAGGACUGGGACAUUCACUUGGGGAAGACAGUGGAGGCAAGGACGCUGAUGGAGGAUGCGUAUGGGAAGUGUAAGAUGAUGGGCCGGAACGGAUUGGAGGAGAUGGCGGAGAUCGCGCUCAAUGGGAUGAGGGUGAGGAGACUGCCGAUAACCACUGAGAAGAAAUACUGGUACGACGACAUCGACGAGGAUCGAGUGCUGCAAGCCACUUUUGAUGCCUUCCUCUGCUUCGAGAUCGGAGUCAAGUGCCUCCAAAUGCUCGGUCGUCCCACCUAAAUCAAGAUAUAUCACGGUAUGCUAGCAAUCUAUUCUCUGGAUUUCUCUUUCCUUCUUUGAUGCUAGGGUUAGGGUUUCUAGUUGUGGAUCCUUCUUCUUUGGUGCUUCGUUCUCGAUGGUGGUUCUGAUGAGAAACUUUGUUCAUUUUCGUGGAUUAGGGUUUUUUUUUUUUUGGUACUGAUUUGAAACUUCUGGAAACGAAUCUGGGUCUCUCUCUCUUUGUUUGCUUUUCUUAAUAUUUUUUUCCCGCCAAA